GCCUGCCUAGGCUGACAAUGAAUGGCUGCUGCUAGUGCUGCUUGGAGGGCUAGGGGAGCAGAGCCCCUCCAUUGAGCGAGACCUUCCCUCCCCCCUUCUCUUUGCACAGUGCACCCAUCCAAGCGAGAAGGAGAAGGAAAGGAUGGCUCAGAUUCUCCAGAUGGAGAUCCCCAACUUUGGUAACAGCAUCCUGGAGUGCCUGAAUGAGCAGCGGUUGCAGGGCCUGUACUGUGAUGUCUCAGUGGUAGUGAAAGGCCAUGCUUUCAAGGCGCACCGGGCUGUGCUGGCCGCCAGCAGCUGCUACUUCCGGGACCUUUUCAACAACAGCAAGAGCACAGUGGUGGAGCUUCCUGCUGCUGUGCAACCUCAGUCCUUCCAGCAGAUCCUCAGCUUCUGCUACACUGGCCGCCUCAGCAUGAACGUGGGCGACCAGUUUCUACUAAUGUACACAGCCGGGUUCUUGCAGAUCCAGGAGAUUAUGGAGAAGGGGACUGAGUUCUUCCUGAAGGUCAGCUCACCUAGCUGUGACUCCCAAGGCUUGCACACUGAAGAGGCGCCUUCAUCGGAACCACAGAGCCCUGUGGCACAGACGUCUACCUGGCCCUCUGGCAACACCCCUUUGCCUCUGGUUUCUCGUGUAAAGACGGAGCAGCAGGACUCGGACUCUGUCCAGUGCACAUUUGUGGUUAAGCGGCUCUGGGAAAGCAGCCAGAAAGAAGGCGGAGGAGGUGGUGGCGGCGGCGGUAAUGGCAGCCGCAAAAUGGCCAAGAUCUCCUCUCAGCAGGAGCUCAGUGGCAGCAACCGGCAGACCCAGCAGCAGGUCCAGCAGCAGCAGCAGCAGCAGCAGGCGGCCCAGCAGCAAGGGGCGUUAACAGGAGGCAGCGGAGGGGCUGGCGUGGUCAGCGGUCCCAGUACUUCAGACCAGACGAGCCCUGGCACCUCCAGUGCCUAUACCAGUGACAGCCCCAGUUCCUACCACAAUGAGGAAGAUGAAGAGGAAGAUGCUCCUGAGGAGGGCUCUGAUGAGCAGUACCGACAGAUCUGCAACAUGUACACGAUGUACAGCAUGAUGAAUGUAGGGCAGACAGCAGAGAAAGUGGAGGCUCUGCCAGACCAGGUGCAAUCGGAGUCUCGCAACCGGAUACGGGUGCGGCAGGACCUGGCUUCUCUGCCUGCUGAGCUCAUCAACCAGAUUGGCAACCGGUGCCAUCCCAAGCUGUAUGAUGAGGGUGACCCAGCUGAGAAGCUGGAACUUGUAACAGGUACCAAUGUGUACAUUACUCGGGCACAGUUGAUGAAUUGUCAUGUCAGUGCUGGGACAAGGCACAAAGUUCUUCUCAGACGGUUACUAGCAUCCUUCUUUGACCGGAACACCCUUGCCAACAGUUGUGGCACUGGAAUCCGCUCCUCCACCAAUGACCCUAGUCGGAAACCCCUGGACAGCCGGGUACUGCAUGCUGUGAAAUUUUAUUGCCAGAAUUUUGCCCCCAAUUUCAAGGAGAGCGAGAUGAAUGCUAUUGCUGCUGACAUGUGCACAAACGCCCGGCGUGUCGUCCGCAAGAGCUGGAUCCCCAAACUGAAACUACUGAUGGCCGAGGGCGAUACCUACACGACCUUCAUCAAUGACACUGGCAAGAUGGAGCCAGACAUCAUGGGUGUAGAGCACAGCUUUGAGACGGGCAGCCAUGACGGUGACGCAGGCACCUCCACCGAGGGCCUCCAGUAGAACGUGCCCGCCUCGGUUUUUCCAAUCAAUGGUCAAGGUAAUAACUUUAACUUCUGUUGGGGGAAUCUCUCUCUUUCCCCUCUGGACAUCUUUGAACAUAGAACUAGCAGAUACUCAAGAACUAUCCUAUGUGCAUUCAUGUUCGUUGUUACACCAAACACUUGCUUAGUUUUCCUCUGAGCAAAUUGAACUUAUCUCCUGAAUUGUGACAGGAGGCAGUGGGUGGCAGACUUUUUCAUGAAUUAAAAACAUGUUUAAUGAUGCAAACCUUUGUCCUUGAAUCUCCAUGAGAAUAAAUUCCAGAGCAUUGUCUGUGUAGCAUUCCUCACAGAAAAAAAGAUGAACAGUGUAGUUCUGUAAAGACCAGCUUUUUAUGAUUUCAGGUCAGGCCCUUCAUCACUGUCAGGAGUGCCUCGUGUAGCCCCUUCAGUCAGUCGAAGCAAAGCUGACCUACCUGGUGAAGGCCUCCUUUCUUUCUCCCUCACAGGGAGGUUUGGCAGUUGCUAACUGGGUCUGGUAAAGGCAAGUGACUCUGAAGGAGGCCUGGCUGUCUUGUGGAAUAGCCUUUCAAAAAUUCUUUUAUAAACUGUUACAGCAAAUAAGGCCAAAUUCUUUGUUUAAAAAACUGAAUGUCCCUUAUAAACGUUAAUCUGUUUAGGAGACUAUUUCCACUUGUCUCAAGGGAGGCUAAGGAACCCUCAGUUUUUUGUGGCAGAGGAGGGCUGGUUCCUCGAGCGGCUGUUUCAUGUCUUAAUUAAAAUCUGUAUUUACUAAUUAAGAAAUAUUCCUUAUUUUCUGAAGCUCUAGAGGAAACAGCUAAACAAAAGAUGUAUGCUUACCUACCAGUAAGCCCAACUGAAAGCAGUGGGGCUUUUUCCAAAUAAACAUGUUUAGGAUUCGGAUAUUACAAUGCAAUUUUGGUCUCAGCAUGUUAGUCGGAGUUCUUAGUGGACAACUUGAUAAGAUAAAGACUCACUCACCAUCUGCAUGAAUGCAUCAGUGCUGUCUGAGCAGGAACAUCUGGUUUUUGGGACCCCUAGUGGGGAGUUUUUAAAUCUUAAAAUAACAUAUGCCUGUUUUGCAUGUCCUUUAACAUUCGGGAUAUUGCUUCAUGUAUGAGUUGAUUUCUACUUAAGGGCAUGCUGUUUGUUUACUUUUGCCAGGUCAGUUGGCAAACUUACCCUUUUAAUGAAUAAUAAAAUGCAUUUAGAUUUUCUUUUUUUGCCACUGGAGGGAGACAAAGAUACAUGCACUAUAUUCCAGGAGGUCUAAAUGAGUACGUAUUUUUGCAGGGGCCUUAGCCAAGACUGUGAGGAUUGCUCAUUGAGAUGUUUUUACGAAGAAAGCUUGUAACUAUCGUCAUUUAUUAGACAUCUGACACCAAUCUGUGUUACAAACCUGUGGUGACUCUAGCCUGGAUUCAUAAUUGAUUUCUUCUUGGAAUCUUGGACAUUCUCGGGUUUUGAAUUUACUGAAUUUCCUCAGUCAUUCCUAGAAUUCCCGUUCCAGAGAUUCCGUUGGUAGGAACUCAUGAUGAGUUGCAUUAACCUUGCAAUGCUGUGAUGCCUUGACUAUCAACUAUAUCGGCAUUUGCCCUGCACCUCGAGAAACAGGUAACUUUUUGCCAAGGUCUGAAAACUUAAGUGUUUGACAUAGACACAAGUUCAGAUUUAACGCAGUAUUCACUUUCUUCCAAGCCCAUUUUUCCCCUUUUCCAUGUGCUGCUUGUAAGACAGGAAAGGGUUCUUUUGUCUUCCAGUCAGAAAUGCGUCCCAUUUUUCUGCAGUGUGUAUGAUCAUUUAUGUAGAUAAACUGUUCAUUUCACCUUGGAUUUGUACUUUACUCCAGACAAGUUGGAUGUGAAAUUUGUAAACAUUGUAGACCUUUACUAGAAACCAAAUAAGGGCAUAUGUAUAGUUGUUUAUUUGCAUAUGCUGAAUAAUCUUUUGCCAUGCUCAGUUAAGAAAAGGGUAGUAUGUGGCUUUAAAAAGGAAGGGAGUGUGUAUGUGUGUGAGAGAAAAUUUUCUGCAUGUGAUUUCUCAAAUAGUUGUAGGAGGGAAAUCUAAUGAGUUGUCACAUGAGGACUGACCUUGGUCAAGUUAUAGAGAAUAUGAGCACUGAACAAAGGGAGAGACGUUAAUGUGAUGGUGGGGCAUUUGUCAUUCUCAUCCAGGAAAAAGAUCCACAUGGAUAAGCAACCAUAAGCUUUGUGUAAUGUUCUGGUGCAAACAGGGACACGCAUCUGGGGCUGCCGUUUGCCAUGGGUUAGAAUGCCUUAAUCUGUUCUUCCUGGUCCAAGGGCACAGGGGCUUGCCCUUCUUCCAUCACCCUCGCCUCUGGAGCAAUGUCGGAAGAAUCACUCUUCCAAGUCUACCCUGGCUGCGGGGGUGAAACCUUAUUGAUCCAGCACUGAGAUACACCCUUGAUUUUGCCGCAGCAGCAGCAGCAAAAAACUUCCUUGAGGAGAUAAUGGGGUCAUCAAAAGGGAAGGGCGAGUGCCUGACUUCCACCCGCCACAUGUGCACAUACUCCACAAGUUCUGUUUUUUUUUAAAAGCAAAAUCAUUGCUUGGGUAGAGAGACAAAAAAUAUUGCAAAAUCUUACCUGUGGAAUGACCUGGGCUAGAAAUUCUUCUUCCCAGUAUUCUCUUCUAAAAGAAUUCAUCUGAGCUGACAAUUCUUGGGAAAGGGACUAAACUUCCAGUUAUAGUGCUGUUUAGAUGCUGCUAGCUGGGCACCACCUAAUAUUUUAAAGUGUAUGUCUAAAAGUAGAAUGGAUGCCUGCAUCUGGUGUGCGUUCUUCAUAUAUAUGAUGGAGGCGCACAUGCCAGUAAGGUGGGAUUGAACGUUUCACGGGUCUCCCGUGUUUCACAGACUGCGUGUACGUCAGUAUUCACUGGGGAAUGCAUUCUGCUGCGGCAGUGUGAGACGGCCAGCUUGGCUAUUUGUUUUCUUUCAGGGCUGACCCCCAGAUGGUUUGGCCUACAACUUGCAUCAUCCCUUUCCAGGGGCUGUGCUGGCUAAGCCUGAUCGGGUUUGUAGGCCAAAACUUAUAGAGGAGCAUAAGUUGCCCACCCCCCGUUUCUCUGCUUUCAGUACUUUUAAGAUGGCCUUGGUCUUUCCCCUUUCUCCUCCCGCUCAGCUGAUGCAUGACUGGGAGCAGCAUGAGGUUAACUUGCAGUGAGUGCCUUUUUCUUCCUGCAAGUCACCAAGGGCAGAAUUAGAGGCCUCCCUGGAGGUGGGACUCCGAUGGCUGAGCCCCUGCACUACUUCCUUGCAGCCAGCCUGGAAGGAACCACACCUGCUGCCUCCCCCUUUGGGCCUUGGAGGGGGAAAUGUGGUGUUCUGGGGGUGGGGCGGGGAGGGAGGCUGCAACCCUGGAGUUACCCUAGCCUCCUCCAGCGCCGUGGUCUUCUUUCCACCCUAGGCCAAGAUUGAGAACAGCCAUCUUGAGAAGUGCAGGGUACGAGGUGUGGUGGCAGCAGUGCUGCACUCCUUGCAUUGGAUGCUCAGAAGCAUCCCGGUGCAGCGUUUACGAGCAUCUGCUACUGGGAUGAUUGGGCUGCGCCCAAACAAGCCACGGUUUGGACUGAGACGUCUUCCUAGGGCAAUGAAGGAAGCAUGGCAUCCUUGUUCAUUCUAUAGCUGUUCCAUUUCAUCUUCACUGUUCCCCCACUUUCAUGUUUUGAUACAAUUCAUUGUAGGUGAUGCUCACAUUCUGUCCUCUAGUUAUUGCACAUCUAAGUGGCCAGAUAGAGGAGUUUGCAUGUUAUCCCAGCAAAAGCUCAAAUCAGCCUGGUACUUCCUUCCCAUGUGGAUGUCUAGCCUAGCCAUUAGAUACCACAUUCUGGGAUUUCCUAGGUAUGUAUAUUGAUAUUAAACUUUACAGAGGGCAUCAUUUAGCCUACGAAUGCAGUUUUGUUCUGCAGAAAAUGUUCCACAGAGCUUAUCAUGCAACUGAUCUAAAUACUUGAGAUAGAGCUCUUGCUUCCUACUACCUAACACAAAGUGGCUCAUGUUUGGAGUGUCUCUGCAUGCUUAUCAGAGCUGUGCUUGGGGGACAAAAUGCAGGGUGCAUGCUUUGCGCACCAAAACUCCCAGCUUCCAUCCGUGGCAUCCGCGGGUGGGGCUGGAAAAAGCAGUACAGGCAAUAGUUACUUAGUGGGCCCAUGGUCUCAUAGCCUAGUAACAGCUGUGCAUGUCUCUGUCCUGCCCUGGCAUUUGACAACCACAAGUGACUUGAUGCCGCUUCUGUAGCUGACGCCUUUGGUGGGUCCCUUCAUAUCAGCCUCUUUACCUUUGCACGGACUGUCAUUUCACUGUCAUUACCUUCUCACUCAAACAAAUUAUCUGAAAACCUGCUUUGAGUUGAGGGUAAGAUAAAUUUGAGUAUAGUUUGACAGGGUGGUAGUCCUGACAUUUUGUAACUGUAGAGUGAACAUGGGCUCUUUUGUGGCUGUGUUGUGAAGUGUAAUGCAAGCAGCACCUGCUGGAGAAGAGCAGCCACUCUGCCGGGUGCUCUUGACCUAUUGUUGUUCAAAGAAAAGGGAAAGCCUGAACUUGAGUGGAAAGGAGCAAAGGUGCACUAUUUCUUCCAUGUACCCCCAAUAGCUGUGUGUCUAAAAUGUCAACAGGGUUCCAGAGAAACUGGUGGCAAGACUUAUUUGGCAGAACUUAUAUGAACAAUUGGAUUUACACUGGAAUAUAGAUCAGAACAUACAGAAUAGUGUGCAGUAGAAUUUGGUUUUAUUUUCCAGGUGUGAUUGCUUUAGGUACCCACUGGGGGCCAAAGAACAGAUGAGUGCAUUGGUUGGUUUUCUCACCAGGUGGCCAGGGCUGCUUUAACUGAGUUUAACCUUGAAAUUGACCUAAAGAACCCCACUCUGUUGCUAUGUGUUGUGAGCUGACAUCCAAGGCAGGAUUGCCAGGUAUAAAUUUCCCAAACAAGACAGACAGUGGUGGUGGAGAGUCUAAAAUAAGAGCAUAUCUUACAUCCUUUGGGACUGUGGCCUUCUGGAAUCCUCGGCAGGUAACAGCCAUAGAAGACCCGCUCCAAUGCAUCUUGUGGUUCACUGCUCGUCUCAAGGGUGCUUGCCAGGGUCGCAGGAGGGGACUUGGUGGCGUUCUCUCUCUCUGUCGAGGUUCCUUCCACCCUGCUGGGAAUUCUCCCCAGUGUCAUCUUCGCGUCUGGGGCAUGCUUUCUGUUGGGGGCGGGAAUGACCACAGGUGCGGGGAAGGGAGCGAGGCCUUUUUUCCUUUCUUUUGCUGUAUCAACUUUUGUCAUCUUAUUUUGUUUUUUUUAACUCUCUCUCCCGCAAAAAAUAAACCCUAGAGCAAACAAUUUUUUUAAGAAAAGGACAAAAAAUGUACACUGAAAAGCACUAAUGAAGCCUGAUUAUGUAACCUCUGUGCAGAUGCAGCAUGGACUUCUCUUACCCUUUCCAGGCGCUUUGGGUUGACGCAAGCAGCUACUCCACUAUCAGCCCCUCUCCCUCCCCUGACCCUUGUAAAAUCCUUCUAGAGAGGAAAACCAGUCCUUUAAAAUAACAAAAGCAACCACCCCUUCUCUCCCAGACCACCCCAGCUCCCUCAGCACCCCCCGCUUUUACCUUGAAACCCACCCCUUUGCCCCGGGUAAUGCCAGUAUUUGUUCUGUGUUAUAAGUGCCAAGAAAAAUUUUGUGACUCCCUCAUCCCCUGUGACCUGAGAGUAUCAAGAAUUGCACAUUAACUACUGUAAAGAUUAAAAAAAGGAAUUCAGAAAUGUUAAUAAAAAAGUUUGUAACAA